UUUGAGCGUUGGCAGUAAUACAGCUGUAAGGUCAGGUUAGCACAACACGACGUCUACAUCAGUGUCAAUAUUGUGAAUUCGGUUUCGAUGUUGAUUAGCAAUUAAUUAAUUAGAACACCCUCGUACUUCUUUGUCUCGUUGCGGCAAUUCCAACAAUACUCUAGUGCUUCUAUUGCUGUGGUUGCUAAACUCUAAUUUCGGUUUGAUAGAGAUGUGUGGCGGUUUCGACCAACUGUAGCAAUCGGGUGUAACACCUACACUCAACAUUGAGACCAACGCCUACACACAAAGGAGUUGUUUUAGAAGAUGUGGUAUUUCACUUUUCCAUCGACUUUGUACUGUUGCUUCCUACUUGUUUCUUUAAGUAUCGUAACAUCAGGACUUCUCCAGGGUCUUGAUUCCAAUUGGUUGGAGCAAGCAGACAAAGAUUUUGCAUUUCUUGCUCGACUGGAUUCGAAGGGCUUUCUUACCAGUGACUUGGUGCCUGAGGAGGCGGGGCACAACACGAGUGAUGGUCUUGAGAAAAAGCUUGUUUAUCACUUUGACAGUUUUGGAGUUAAUUAUGAACUGCAAGUGAUGCCCAAUGAUGAGUUAGUGUCAUUGUCAGGCCUUGUGCAGACAAUUCAUGCCAGGACAGUGGGAAGGGAGGAUGUUACAACUGAGUAUCUCAUAGACGAAGGAUGUCAUUUGAUGGGAUGGGCUCAUGCUAAUGGACACUCAAAUAAUACUAAUACUUUGUGGGGUCGUGUAGCAGUCAGUGUCUGUGAUGGUAACAUGACUGGUAUUAUCAUCAUGCCUGGAUACGAGCUGCACAUAGAAGUUGCCUCGGAACUGGAAAUCUCUUCAAAACAUGGGCACGUUUAUGUCAUUCGGAGGAGAUUUACCGACAUGGACAAGAUUAAAUAUCAAUUUAUUGAAAGUGAAACUGGAAACAGAAUGAAAAGGCAAUCACCAGGCAAACAGACCUUGUACGUUAAAUCACUGGUUGCUUUGGAUGAGGUGGCUAUUGACGUUAUCAACGAGCGACAACAGAUGGAUAAUCGGAAGCUAAAGAAUUAUGUGCUAACUAUGAUGAACAUUGCAAACUUUUUGUGGGCAAACAGUGCAACAGGAUUUGAUGUCAGAUUGGUAGUAAUGCAAAUCAGGUUAAUGAAGACAAACCCUUCGGGUAUCACUGUCACAAAGAAUGGAACAAGACUGUUGAAGUCGUUUUGUGAUUGGCAAUAUUCAAAUGACAGCUCAUUAGUAUCCCAUGACUACUCCAUUCUUAUUACAGGGAACGAGCUAUGUACUGCACCUGGUAGUUGUGAGACCGUAGGCAUGGCAUAUACUUCGUCAAUGUGCUCACGGUUUGCAUGUCAAGUAACCAAAGAAAAUGGCAUUCUUACUGGCUUUGCUAUUGCUCAUGAAGCAGGCCACAGCUUUGGAAUGCAACAUGAUGGUUUUGGAAAUCAAUGUGGUGGAGCUAGACAGGGACUUAUGUCAGCUCUUCCAUCUAGUCGUAUUAGACUGUUUCAGUGGUCGUCAUGUAGCAAACAGUAUAUUCGAGACUACCUCAGGCAGAAGUCAAAUUAUGCUUGUUUAUUGGCAUCGCCUCCAUCUCGUGAUAUAAUUCGGUAUCGAGACAGAUGGGUAGGGUCACGAUAUGAUCUUGACGUACAGUGUUUAUGGCAACUUGGAAGAAACGCUAAAGUGUGCCACACCAACAGGGAUCCAGAGGAAAUUUGUCAGACAUUGCGAUGUCAGCGGGGUAGAUCUUCUUGUAUAUCUGUCGAUGUUCCUGCUCUUGAUGGGAGUGUAUGUGGUCAGAGCAAAGUGUGUGUUAGAGGCCAGUGCGUUCCUGAGAGUGAAAAGGAUGACUAUACGUUCAGUGGUGCUCCUAUACAUGGAGCUUGGGGUGAGUGGUCUGGCUUCUCUAGCUGUUCAAGGAGCUGCAGUGGUGGUCUACACUAUCAGGAACGAUUUUGUAAUAGUCCAAGUCCCAGUAAUGGAGGUAAAGCUUGUAAGGGUAAUCGCUACAAAGUGGAGCUGUGCAGUACCUUGCCUUGUGUUGUUGAUCUCGUUGAUCCAAGAGUGACAGGUUGUCUUCACAAGAUUGGCAGCGAUGGCAAACCAUUGGAGCCAUACUACAACAGUAAUGAUCCUUGUACUUUGUAUUGUGUCAAUGCUUCUACUGGUGAACAAAUAAAUAUGGGAGUAACGGUUGAAGAUGCUGCAAAAUGCAAUCAUGACAUGCCCUCAAAUGAUCGGUGCUUUAGAGGGAAGUGUCAGAAGUUUGGUUGUAACAAUAAAUGGAAGUCAAAGGCAUUCGAGGACAACUGUAAUGUGUGUCAGGGCACCAACAGAACAUGCACAGACUAUUCAGGCACCUUUCGAAGUGUGAUAACUAAUGCUGGCUACCAUGAGGUUGUUGAUAUUUCGAGUCGAGCAACAAACAUUUUCAUUGAAGAAAUAAGUUCUCUGAAUGAUUUGUACCUGGCAGUACAGCUUCGGAGUUCAAGGGGACGAGUGUAUGUGGUGAAUGGUAAUCAUCAGCUUGGAAAGGCAUGGCAGAGACUUGAUGCAGGUGGAACUGUGAUUGAGUAUUCCAGACCUUCUUACGCAAAUGAGGUUAUCAAAAUUAAAGGUCCUUUGCAGCUGCCUAUAAUAAUCAUGGCACUGGUUAAUCAAUCUCAAGUCUCCUUCGCACCAAUUAUAAAAUGGAAAUACUCAUUACCGUCAGGUGGAAAUGAUCGAGGCUCUGAAAGAAGUCAUACAUCUGGGUCAAAUAUGAAUCAGAGUGCUCCAGGACUUGCAGAGGAGGCUAUCGUGAGAUUGAAUUCCACUGUCGUGCAACAGCAGAUGAUGGUUUAGUUGACUUCCGACUCUGCAACUCUUCUGCCACACAAUCACCCAAGUCUCGUACUAUAGAGUGCAACACGGAUGUUGUCUGCAGAGGAGGACCAAGUCCAGUUUACCGCUGGCGUAUUGGAAAUUGGGGCCAGUGCUCUGCUACGUGCGGAGCAAGCUGGCAGAAUCAACAUGUUCGUUGCUAUGAUGAAACGUAUGAGAAGUAUGUUGACAAAUGGAAAUGCCAAUAUUCAGUUGAAUCUCCUGAGUUUACACGCAACUGCACUGUACCAGUCUGCAAGCUGAACCCGGUCAAUGGUGGCUGGUCUACUUGGAGAGCAUCUGGAGAUUGCUCAAGGAGUUGUGGAUCGGGUGUUUCUUUGGAAACAAGAACUUGCACAAAUCCAAGACCAACAGAUGGGGGGAAACUUUGCGUUGGUGUCAGUCAAAGACAUGUCUGUUGCAACACUGAAGCAUGUCUGUUUACAUAUAUUGAUGAAUUUACAGCACAAUGUCGAAAACAGUAUUUAGGAUCUAAUGCUCUGUAUUCUCCCUCUGAUUUGUUAUCGUGCCAAAUCCGAUGUAGAUUAAGGAGUGGUUCUAUCAAUGUUAUCAAUGCUGAGGAUGGAACUCGAUGUGACUUGCGCUCAUCAAAUCGAUGUCUUAAUAGGGCUUGUGUG